AGAGAUCGGAGGCGCCCCGCCCAGUCAGCAAGGGUGCGCGUGCCCCGUGCGACCGCCAAGAUGGUGGUGGGCGCGUUUCCUAUGGCGAAGCUGCUAUACCUGGGCAUCCGGCAGGUCAGCAAGCCGCUUGCCAACCGCAUUAAGGAGGCCGCCCGCCGGAGCGAGUUCUUCAAGACCUAUAUUUGCCUCCCGCCGGCUCAGCUGUACCACUGGGCGGAGAUGCGCACCAAGAUGCGCCUCAUGGGCUUCAGUAUGCAAGCGGUCAAGCCGCUGAACGAGAACGCGGCCGCGGAGCUGGGCGCCGAGCUGCUGGGCGAGGCCACUAUCUUCGUGGUGGCCUGCGGCUGCCUGGUGCUGGAGUACUGGCGCCACCAGGCGCAGCAGCGGCGCAAGGAGACGGACCGGCACGCCGCCUGGAGCACGAUGCGGGACGAGGUGGACCACCUGGCGCUGGCGCUGGAGGCCCUGCAGGAUCGCGUGCAGGCGGCGGCGCUGCAGAGCGCGGUGGACGAGCUGCGGGCGCAGAUGCGGGAGGUGCGCGCCCAGCUCUGCGCCCGGGACCCCCCGGCCGCGCCCGAGGCACCGCCCAAGGAAUAGGGGCCGCGCGCGGAACCUUGGUCUUCGAUGUGGCUGUGGUGUCUCCGACGUGACCUCCUCCUGUCCACACUGUCCCUUCCUGAACCGGCCCAGCUAAUACCACCCAGUCCUUUUAGGGGCAUAAGGGAGGCUGGAGGGGUGCUGGGGCCACCGGGCUUUUUGGUCACGUCCCGACUAACCUGCUCGGUGGCACCUUCCACAGGGACUUCACCCACUAGUGGGUGGAACGUUCCAGCAGUCCCCCUGCCUUCCCAGUCCACUGAUUCAGCACUGUGUCAUGGAAAGACAUUGUCUUCCAUUGGAUCCCACCCACCCACUACUAGAUGGGCCAGCAGGACACACGGACCUACCUA